GCGAGCCGGCUUGGGGAGGCGAAGGGCCCUGCAGCAAAGCUGGGCACCCCGACAGUCCGGCAGGCCCUGGGGAGCCGGUGGGUUCUGGGCUGGAGCCCCCAUCAGCUGCUGCAGGCAGUGCCAGUCCACCUGAGCAGGCCGGGCAAUGGGGCUCCCCCACCUUCCCAGACACCCCUGGUCCCUAAAAUGUGGGGUCCCCACAAUCCCGAACAGCAGAGGGGGGCACCACCCUAGGAGAGGAGGUCACCCCAGGCCUGGGCCUUGGAGCUGAGUUCUCCUGCACGGAGCUGCCCAGGGCUGCCCAGAGUCAGGCGAGCAGGCAAGCCAGCCAGACUCCAGCUCCGACAGCAGGGAUGAUGACUAACGCCUCCAGGCUCCUGGGAACAGCUGGCGGCCCCCUGGUGUCGGCGACCUGGACACAGCCCAGUCCCAGGCCGGCCAUGCCCACCGUGCCCACCGUGCCCACUGUGCCUGCUGGGCCGCAGAUGGACCGCAUGGGGAACAGCUCCCAGUGCGCCUCCCAGCUCUUCCUCACCUCCGCGCUGGCCCGCGGCAUCUCAGGGGUCUUUGUGUGGACUGCCUUGGUGCUCACCUGCCACCAGAUCUACCUGCACCUGCGCUCCUACACGGUCCCCAAUGAGCAGCGCUACAUCGUCCGCCUACUCUUCAUUGUGCCCAUCUACGCCUUUGACUCCUGGCUCAGCCUCCUCCUCCUGGGGGGCCACCAGCAUUACGUCUACUUCGACUCGGUGCGUGACUGCUACGAAGCCUUUGUCAUCUACAGCUUCCUGAGCCUCUGUUUCCAGUACCUGGGGGGCGAGAGCACUAUCAUGGCUGAGAUUCGGGGGAAGCCCGUCCGGUCCAGCUGCAUCUACGGCACCUGCUGCCUCCAGGGUAUGUCCUACUCCAUCGGCUUCCUGCGCUUCUGCAAGCAGGCCACACUGCAGUUCUGCAUCGUGAAGCCCAUCAUGGCCGUGGUCACCAUCGUCCUACAGGCGUUCGGCAAAUACCACGAUGGGGACUUCAACAUCCACAGCGGCUACCUCUACAUCACCCUGGUCUACAAUGUCUCCGUCAGCUUGGCCCUCUACGCCCUGUUCCUUUUCUACUUCGCCACCAGGGAGCUCCUGCAGCCCUUCGAGCCUGUCCUCAAGUUCUUCACCAUCAAGGCCGUCAUCUUCCUCUCUUUCUGGCAGGGGCUGCUGCUGGCCAUUCUGGAGAAGUGUGGGGUCAUCCCUGAGGCCCAGGUCAUCGACGGGAGCGAGGUGGGGGCCGGCACGCUGGCUGCCGGCUACCAAAACUUCAUCAUCUGCAUCGAGAUGCUGUUUGCAUCCAUUGCCCUGCGCUACGCCUUCACUGUCCAGGUAUAUGCGGAGAAGGAGAGCUCGCCAGCCCCCGAGGCACCCAUGCACAGCAUCUCGAGCGGCCUCAAGGAGACCAUGAGCCCACAGGACAUCGUGCAGGACGCCGUCCACAACUUCUCACCCGCCUAUCAGCACUACGCCCAGCAGGCCACUCACGAGGCCCCGAGCCCUGGUGCCCACCCCAGUGCCGCCGGAGGUUCUGGUGGGCUCAGGAAGAGUCGGAACGUGGAGAAGAGAAUGCUGAUCCCUGCAGAAGACCUGUAGGAGGCCCCCGGGGGUAACCAGCCACCUGCCUGCAACCAGGCUGCACCCAGGCCCUGGGAGAACACAGGGCCCCCGCCCUCCUGCCAAAGGUGAAGCCUCUCCCAGGAGCCCUGCUGCCAGGCCGGUGUUGCCACUUCCCAGCCUGCCACCCUCCAGCAGGCCCGUAGCCCCAGGAGAGGGUGCCCGAGUUUAUCUGAUGAGCCGGGAACCCACUGGGUUCACCUGGCCAUCAUGGGGCUGUUGAGAGGUAGGGCCAGGCCAGAUGGACAGACUCCAUGCUGGGUCCUACGGGAAGGACAGCCCUGGGAGAGGGAGGCAGCCCUGCCCCAAGGACACGGGAGCUGCUGGCGGCGGGGGACUCGGCUGGGCCUUGCGCGGCCGUAGAAGGGCCGAGUUGCUCUGCACCCCCUCCGGCCCUGGAGAUUCCUGAAAAGCCCCCACCCCAGGAAGGCAUGUCUGACGAGGGUCUUAGGAGGUGCCCAGGGCCACCUGCACAGAACCUUCCCCCUGGGCAGCCCAAGAAGCAUGCGGGGCUCCCAGGGGAAUCACACCUAUUUAUACAUAAACAGCCUGCAUUUUCUAGUGA